AUGUCCAAAAAUUGUCACAGUACUAUACCUGAAGUUGUUUAUCAAAAUACGUACAAGUUGUCACCUGAUGAUGCUGAUCGAUUCUGCGCACGCAACAUACAGCAAAUAAUAUACAGUGUUCUAGAAUCCACGUUACGUGACAAGGAAUAUGAUGCAAAACGAUUCGCGAAUCUAGGAACACAAAUGGCCGACCAAAUAAAAGAGCGAGUGAAAGCGUCUGGCCUUACACGGUAUAAACUAGUAGCGUAUGUAAAUAUUGUCCAGAAUAUAGGAGAAGGUUUUCAAUUGGUCAGUCGAUGUUUGUGGGACCCGGAAGUAGACAAUUUUGCUAGUGCUACCUAUGAAAGCAAAACCUUUAGUGCUGUUGGUUCUCUUUAUGCAAUAUAUUAUGAAUAA